AGUCGGGUUGGCAAGGGAGACAGAGGAGAGCUUUGUGUGCUGUGCUUGCUCUGACACAGCUCAGCCUGCUCCCUAUCUCUCAGUUCCACUUCUGAAUGUGCGGGAACAUGCGGUGGCUCCUUUUUCCCACCAUCAUCAUCGCUUGUACACAACAGUUUUUCUGCAGGGCACAAGCCCACAGCCCGCAUCUGAAGGCUGGGGGAAAGCCUCCGGAAAGCAGCGAGGUCCUGCAGCGCCAGGAGCUGUGCCACUGGCCGUGCCGCUGCCCGCCCGUGCCCACCUGCAGCCCCGGCGUGAGCCUGGUGAAGGACGGUUGUGGCUGCUGCAAGGUCUGUGCCAAGCAGGCGGGAGAGACCUGCAACGAGGCAGACAUCUGCGAUCCCCACAAAGGCCUCUACUGCGACUACUCAGAAGACGAGCCUAGGUAUGAAACAGGCGUGUGUGCAUAUCUGGUAGCCGUAGGAUGCGAGCUCAAUGGAGUUUACUAUCUUAACGGGCAGACCUUCCAGCCUAACCCGCUCUAUAAGUGCCUGUGUGUCAGUGGGGCGAUUGGAUGUACGCCUGUAUUCACACCCAAACUAGCAAAAAGUCCCUGCACCAGGCAUGCGGGCAGAAAGAAACCUGGACAGUCCGUCUGUGGCCCGGGAAAGCAGAAGCAGCUUCAAUCAACCAACUACAGACUGAUGUCAGUUUACAGAAACUUACCACUAGUUUUGAAGAAAAAUUGCCUAGUACAGGCAACUCCUUGGACACCCUGUUCCAGGACCUGUGGCAUAGGCAUAUCCAGCAGAGUGACCAAUGAAAACAAUAAAUGUGAAAUGAAAAAAGAAAAGAGAUUAUGCUUCAUCCAGCCUUGUCUGACCAACACCCUGAAGACAAUAAAGAUUCCAAAAGGAAAAACUUGUCAACCAACAUUCCAGCUUCCUAUAGCAGAGAAACUUGUUUUUUCUGGAUGCUCAUCUUCACAAACCUACAAACUAACUUUCUGUGGCGUGUGUUUGGACAAGAGGUGCUGCAUACCUAAUAAGUCCAAGAUGAUCACUGUAAAGUUCGAAUGUCCCAAUGAAGGCUUCUUUAAGUGGAAGAUGAUGUGGAUAACAUCUUGUGUAUGUCAGCGGAUUUGCAGUGAUCCAGGAGAUAUAUUUUCUGAACUUAAAAUUUUUUGAGUUACACCAUCGACUGUAAUACACUACAAGGGUGACAGACAGCACAGUCACAUCCUGAAGAGUUAGUGUUACCUGCCAUCCCAGCAAUCUUUAUAGUAAAACUACGUAUGUGAAUGUUAAUAAAACAA